GCACCCUUUAAAAUUCUGGACAGUGCUGAGGCACCCUCUAAAAUUAUGGACAGUCUCGAGGCACCCUCUAAAAUUAUGGACAGUCUCGAGGCACCCUGUAAAAUUAUGGACAUUCCCAAGGCACCCUUUAAAAUUAUGGACAGUUCCGAGGCACCCUCUAAAAUUAUGGACAGUCCCGAGGCACCCUCUAAAAUUAUGGACAGUCCCGAGGCACCCUCUAAAAUUAUGGACAGUCCCGAGGCACCCUCUAAAAUUAUGGACAGUCCCGAGGCACCCUCUAAAAUUAUGGACAGUCCCGAGGCACCCUCUAAAAUUAUGGACAGUCCCGAGGCACCCUCUAAAAUUAUGGACAGUCCCGAGGCACCCUCUAAAAUUAUGGACAGUCCCGAGGCACCCUCUAAA